AUGAGACCAUGCCCCACUGGUCAUCCAAUUGUUUCCAAUGGCCAAUUAACCUACUCAAAUGAGCCAAACUUAGUUGGUGCUUAUCCGUCCGAAACUGUUGCAAUUGUACGUUGUAAUACAGGUUACACCAUUUACGGUGCUCUUUUGUCGAUCUGCGAAGAUUCCAUUUGGAAACCACGAAAUUUAGGAAUUUGUAUUCUUCCAUCAGCAAUUACAUCAGUUCCAUCUCGAAAUUCAUGUUUGUUUGGACUACUAAGUCCAGUUGGUGGUACUGUCACCUAUAGUAAAGGUAGCUCAUUGGGUCCAUUUCCGUCCGGUACCUUAGCCGUGUUGAAAUGCUUACACGGUAUUUCGCAUGGACCAACGUUAGCAGCAUGUGAUAAUGGUUCAUGGAUUCCGCCUGAAAUGGGCUCAUGUUCAUUGCCACAUUUCGAAAAUUCUUCAAAUAUUCGUUUCGUUUUUGAAUUAGCUAGUUGUUUGAAUGAUUACCCUGCACCAGAAAAUGGUAUCGUUAUGUAUUCAAACAAUGCCAUUCAUCCACCAUAUCCAACAUUAACUAGAGCUAACAUACGGUGUAACUUCGGAUACAUACCAAUAGGUUCAAUAAUAGCUAUCUGUCAGAAUGGGGUAUGGUACCCGUCGAUACCAACACAGUGUAUCCAAUAUGAUAGAACUCUUACUAACAACUUGAAUAAUGCAAUACUGAACACCACGUUAGUUUCACCGUCACAAAUUGUCACCUUAGUAGGAAGCUGUGUUACCGGUAUAACACCGCCGGCUAAUGGAUAUAUUAGCUAUAGCACCGGCUCAAGCAAUAGACCAUUUCCAUCAGGGACCGUAGCAACCAUAAAUUGUGAUCGCGGUUUCAAACCAGUUGGUAUUACAUCAUCAACUUGUUUAAAUGGAAUUUGGUCACCUUUGGUAGUGGGACAGUGUAUUGUUGAUACGGGACCAAGACUUUUUGGUGUACCACUGAGUAGCAGAAUAAGUGUAAGUGAAGUAGGACAAUGUCCUACACUUCCAGCACCUCUUAAUGGUCGAAUAUCAUAUUCGAGUGGUUCAGAGAUAGGACCAUUUCCUACCGGUACCACAGCUACCGUCAUUUGUAAUCCAAAUUAUGUCCUUCUUGGUUUAUCAGCAGCAAUCUGUACCAAUGGUGUUUUUACGCCAUUACUUUUAGCGCAUUGUGUACCAGGACCAGGAAAUGUUGAAAGUAUGGGUUUAUUAAAAAUGAAAGAGUUACCUUGUGUAGCCAUACCGAAACCGCCCAACGGGGAUGUAAUAUAUUCAGACAUUACCGCAACCGUAUAUGCUUCCAGAACAACAGCUAAUUUAGCAUGUGAUUUCGGUUUCAUUCCAAUUGGUCCGGUGGAGACGACCUGACAAUGGCAACCAAUAUUGGGAUUCUGUCAGCAAAGUAUAAUUACUUCAGGAAUAAGUCAAAUUCCCAUUUUAAGGCAAUGUCUGUUUGAAUUGCCAGCUGUAGUAAAUGGACAAAUCAGAUAUUCUACCGGAAAUAUGUUACCACCGUAUGAGAGUGGAACAAUAGCAACAUUAAUUUGCAACAGUGGUAAUGUACCGAUAGGUCGGAAGUCAUCGACUUGCAUCAAUGGGUCAUGGAACCCUCUGAUAUUAGGCCAAUGUCCAAUUAAUGAUAAUGGCAAAGAUUAUUUAAGGACUGGAUUGAAACAAACUGCAUUACCAUCGUUUGGUUGUCCUACUUCACCACCUGUUUCCAAUGGAAGAG